AUGGUAGUAUGGCAAGUAUGGCAGCAUGGCAAGUAUGGUAGUGUGGCAAGUAUUGCAGUAUGGCAAGUAUGGCAAGUAUUGCAGUAUGGCAAGUAUGGCAAGUAUGGUAGUAUGUCAAGUAUGGCAAAGGCCAGUGUCAACAUUGACCACUGCGACCAGGAAGGCUGGACACCGCUGCGGUCAGCAGCUUGGGGAGGUCACACAGAGGUCGUCGCAGCUUUGCUCAAGGCUGGAGCUCAGGUGAACGAGGUCGACAACGACGGCCGACACGCGCUCGUGCUCGCCGCGCAAGAAGGCCACGGCGCAUGCGUCGCCCUGCUGCUCGACCGUGCCGCCCUCAUCGACCUGCGCUCGCACGACGGCCGCACGGCGCUGCGCGUCGCCUCCGUCGAAGGACACAAGAACGUCUCUCACCUGCUGCUGUGUCGCGGCGCCGACGUCGACUACCGCGACGCCGACGGUCGCUCGACGCUCUACGUUCUCGCGCUGGAGGACCGCCUCGCCAGCGCCGAAUUCCUGCUCGCUAGCGGCGCCGACGCCGAGCUGACGGACACGGACGGACGGACGCCGCUUCACGUCGCCGCCUGGCAGGGCCACGCCGACAUG